GCUGGGCCGUUCCCGUAUGUCGCUGUCGCAUACCACGUCUCAGAUGCAGCCUACCUCCCCGGGGCAGGCGCACCCACAAGGCGCAACGUACGCCUCUGGAUAUUCGCAGGCAUACGCGAACAACAUGUCUUCCGCCGCGUCUGCGCUGCCACAGCCGGGUCCUGCCAGCGGCGUCUCGUCGUACAACGGCAACACGGUCUCGGUCGGCGUAUACUCCUCGAGCCAGAUCGAGCCCUCGCACGCCGGCCAGCCCGGCUCGUCAGACUCGCACUGCUCGUACCCGCAGUCCUCGUACUCCUCGUACGGCUCGCAGAACUACGUCUCGCAGCCGUCGGCCUCGCACGCGCGCUCGUCUUCGCCGCCCGUCCACCUCGCGCCCAUCCAGACGGACCGGCUCGUGCACCGGAGCGGCUCGAUCCCGUCGCUGCCCGCGCUCUCGAGCGCGACGAGCAUGGCGUCGCAGUCGCACUACGGCUCGGGGCUGCACGACGUCCCGCGCUCGGCGCCGGGGGCGGCGGCCUGGCCGUCGCCUCGCCGUAUUCGUCCGCGGUGCCGCACGCGCACGCGGCCCAGCAGCACCAGCAUCAGCAGCAUCAGCAGCAGCAGCACCACGACGGCCAGAUGCAGUACCCGUACUCGUCGUACUCGGCGCUCUCCGCGAACGGCCCGCACCACAGCUCGAACAGCUGGCGGCCGGAGCACCAGAUGUACCGCCGGGGCAGCCUCGCGGCGUGAAUUCGCCCGUGCAAGACAUGCCUCCCCCAUCCGCUAUCUCCUUUCGUCGGACUUGCUCGGAUCGGAUCCCCAUGCGUCUUAUGCACUCUAUUCUUUCAUUGGGUAUCUGUCGCAUUGUAUCUUUUUCUUCAUCCAUCUUGAUUUUUCACUUGGGCCUCUCAUCAUGUAUGGAAAACAUGCCUCUCUCUAGUUUCUUUUAUCUUCUUCUCUGCUCAGUCAGCCCUUCCUGUGAAAGUAGUAGCCCCUUAUCGAUCGCCGAUCGUCCGUCUCUCAUCGCUCUGCACUUUUCUCUCUCUCGUCUUCGCAUUCAGUUUCCCAUUCAUAGCGCUUCGUUUCCAUAGAUGACCUAACUAACUUAUACGAAUGCCCACUGUUUUGCCCUCAUCUCACCCACGCUGAGCCGCCGGAAACGAGGGGACCCUGUCUCUGACGACGCUUCGCCGACUUCUCGCGGGUCGAGAACGUCCAUGCUACGCAUUAAAGCCCUGAUGACCGCCCGCGCGCUGUUCCCUCUUAUGAGGGCAGCUCGGGGUGCACGGGAGAGAGUGAAGCUUCUGCCUCGCAGGCGUGCGCGCGCUCGGUGGAGCAGCAAAGUAACUUGCGCUUACGAGCCCGACGAGCUAGUGGCUGCUCAUGCCCACUCCGCCCAGCGCGCGUGCCGUUUGCGCCGAGCGACGAUCCCCCGCGGGAGAACAUGCCGCGCGGGCGGCACA